AUGGUAUACCGAAUACAGCCAGUGGCAAACAAUAGCAUCACGUUCUUUGAUACGAGUCAGUUACUCAUUGAAACAAUAGGACGGUUUCUGGCAUAUUUUCUCUUGAUCCAUCAUCCCCGAACUACAAUUUUCGUCAACCAGCUGCACCUAUCGCAGCAGACCAUAGUGGAUUGGUGCAGUUUUUGCCGAGAGCAAAAAAAUACUGUUGAAACCAAGGCUUGA